GACUCACUCGCACUCAGAGAAGUUUUUCCCCAGUUUCACUUUCAGGGCUUGGACUUGUUUUGGGAUUGGCUAGUGACUCAGCCUGUUGUGCUGGUGUGAGACUCCUCACCAAACCACUGCAGAAAUGAGGAAGUGCUGGAUCACUGUACAGCCAGGAACUUUCUGAGCAGCAGGUUGCGAAGUGGCUCUCCCGCAGGUUACAGAGCCGAACACCUGCUACCCAUGCCACCUGGGAUUGUCUAGAGCAGGGGUCGGCAACCUUUCAGAAGUGGUGUGCCGAGACUUCAUUUAUUAAGGAUUUGCGUGCAAGUAAUACAUUUUAAUGCUUUUAGAAGGGAGGUGCAGCUUCCUAGUGGGAGAGUGGCCAGGGAGUGAGGCGCUUAAUUGCUGACACCAGCCCCGUGCCUUGCCCGUGGAAGACCAAGCUGCUGAUUAAGCAAUGCCAAAAGCUAUUGUGAUCACUGAGCAGCCGGCCUCCGCCUCCGUCCCUGUCGGUUACUCCCUCACGAUGCGAUGUAGGGCCACAGCCUGCACCUCCCCACAGUACCAGUGGUUCUACCAGUGCCAGUCUGCUUGCUGCCAGAUUGUGGGGGCCACGGAGCCAGAUUUGCUCAUCACUGCAAGGGAAACUCGACUGUACAUCUGCCGAAUCAAUGACCUGCACAAAAAUGUCACCUUCUCUAACUGGGUGAGAGUAGAGGUCCAUCAGCACAUUGCCAAAGGCCUGCUCCCUGAACUGUGGCAAGGAGAACCUGUCGUAGUCCUCAAUCCCACUGCGCCAGAAGUAAAGGUGGGCAAGCCACUCCAGCUGCAGUGUGCUGCUCUGGGGGUGCCAGCCCCACACUACCAGUGGUACCACAAUGGGACCCCCAUGAAGCAUCAGAAAAAGAAGAAACUCUUGAUCAACUCUGCGAAGCUGAGUGACUCUGGCACGUACCUUUGCUGUGCAGCCAAUGGCCAAGGGGAACACUGGACUGAUGCCCUGGAGAUUCACGUAGGUACGUGUCUGGCAGAUCCAUUUUUUGCAACAGACAAGGUUGCACUUUUGGUGGGCAACAACCAUUACUGGAAUCAUCCGCACCUGAUGGCUCCCAUCACUGAUGUGUUUGAACUCAGCCUUCUCCUAAAGCGACUGGGAUUCCGGGUGGUCUCCCUCCUGGACCUGAACAAGGCGGAGAUGCUGAUAGCUGUCAAUCAGUUCCUGCAGCUCCUGGGGAAAGGAGUCUAUGCCGUAUUCUACUAUGCUGGGCACGGAUACGAACAUUUUGGGAGAAACUACAUGGUCCCCAUUGACGCCCCACAGCCCUACGCCCCUGAGAACUGCAUCAGCGUGCAGAGGAUCCUCCAGAAGAUGCAGCAGAGGCGGACGGCCCUCAACCUCAUCCUACUGGACACCUGCAGGAAAUGGUACAACCCACAGUGUGCGCUGUCGCAGGUGCAGCCGCUGGAGCCCUGGGGGAAUACGGUUUAUGGCUAUGCCACGAGUGAAGAUGCCGAAGCCUAUGAAGUGCAGGAUGGGGAGUUCAGCUCCGGGAUCUUCGUGAAGUAUCUGAAAAAGCACAUUCUGCAGGAAAAGAAAGUGACCCACGUGCUGGAGGAUGUGUUGGAAGACAUUGGCCGGGACCCCUUGGUAACUGGGAAGCAGGUGAUGGAGAUCAAGCACACUCUGAAGGAAGCCCGGGCGCUGACAGACCCCAUCUGCACUACUGGGCCAACUGCGGAGCUCUGGGGACACAACCAUGAGUUGCUGAAAGAGACACUGACUUUUCCAUGUGGCAUCCAAGUGGAGCUACGCUUCCAGGUGGUCUUUUCUAACGUAAUGCACGUGAGUGCAAAACUGCAGGCUCCCCCUCCGCACGUCACUGACAUCCGACUCCUGCUCUGCAGACCCGCGGAGGUGCGAGAACUGGCCAUGCUGCCUGACUGCCAGUCUGACCGGGUGGUGUCACUACUUGUCUCACUGUAUGAGCAAGAGGAAUUGGACUGUGUGCUCCGGCUCUGUGGCCUGCAGAAAAUUCAGACUGAUGUGCUGCUGCAGUUGGAUUUGCAUUACACCCAGCUGGGCACCAAGCAGAGGGCUUGCGAGAGUCUGCAGAAAAUCCUCCAGAAAUCUCUGCUAGCAAAACUGUUCAGCCAGAAAAGCUCUGCAAAUCCAUCCUGCAUGGCGGGCCAAAAGGCUGCUGCCACCAUGGGCCCCAAGGAUGCCCCUGCUGUGAAUGCAGCCCAUGAGGGGCCCAGCUCUCUGAGAGCAGAGCCCAGACACAGCUGGCAAUGUAGCAGACAGUCAAACAUAUGCAGCGAGCCGGAGGAAAACGAUGAGAGUGACUUGAGCAGCCUCUGCUCAGCCCUGCAAAGGGCUGGGCCAGGGCAGGAUUGUCCUUGACACGUGGGGGAGUUCAGCUCACUAUCAGCAGACUGUAUUUCAAGUUAGAAGCCAGACAACUCCCAUAAUCUGUAUUCUAGUCUGAGCUCUUCUCCAGUCUGGCGUGGAUCACAUCCAGAUGGUCAAGGCUGCUAUUGAAAGGGUUUCUCCUCUCAUCCCAUUAGCAGGGAGUCCUAGUGAGCAUUAUCUGACUCACAGGCAAAGCUAUAAGCUGUUUAAAACAAGGGCCUUCUGCAGAGGGGUGAUUUUACUGUCCUCUGACAGUGUGACUGACAUGAGUCAUCACAUUCCCCAACAACAAACGUCAUUCAUUUACAGCCAGUGUUGGCAAUUGAGCUGCUUUGAGAGUCUCACUUUAAUACUCAAAUGUCUACUCUACACCAAGCACUGACAAAACUGUAAGAAAUUGUAAGUGAAGAGACCCAAGAACCUUGCAGGCACGUCUGAUACAACCACAGCUGCAGUUAAAAAAGCAAACAAGUCCCUCAACUCUGUAUAAAUAUUACAAAGAAUUAACAAAUGACGAAUGUAAAAUUGUAUGAAUGUGUAGCUGUGUUCAGUAUGUGGUGCUGAAAUGGUGUUAGGCUUUUCUAUCUAAUAGGAACAUGCAACAAACAAUUGUACAAUAACUUAUAUUUGUGUUUCUAAAGGAUAUAUUUGAUCUUUGUAUUUAGGAUUAUGUUCAUUGUUCUCUAAACCACAUUCUGAUGUCAUUUUGGGAAUGCACGUAAUUGUAAUGUAUUUUAACAUAUUUAUUACAUUGUUUUUCCUCUG